CCCGCGUUACACUCUGCGUCAAGAAACGGUCACGUGAAGGUCGUCAAGGCUCUAUUAGCAUCAGAGCCAGCUAUCGCAAUAAGGAUGGACAAGAAAGGCCAAACGGCGCUUCACAUAGCAGCCAAAGGAACAAACGUGGAGGUCGUAGAGGAGCUUAUCAAUGCGGAUAGAUCAUCUAUCAAUAUAGCAGACACAAAGGGAAACACUGCGCUGCACAUCGCAGAUAGAAAAGGCAGAUCACAUAUCGUCAAAUUGCUGCUAGACAACAACAUAACAGACACAAAAGCUGUUAACAGAACAGGCGAAAUGGCGCUCGACACAGCGGAGAAGGUUGGGAAUCCAGAGGUGGCUCUCAUCUUGCAGAAGCACGGCGUCCCCAGCGCCAAGACCAUUAAGCCCUCAGGGACUACUAACCCUGCUCGUGAACUGAAACAGACGGUGAGCGAUAUCAAGCAUGAGGUUCAUAAUCAGCUUGAGCAUACGCGCCAGACCAGAAGACGCGUUCAAGGAAUCGCAAAACAGCUCAACAAAAUGCACACGGAAGGUCUCAACAAUGCGAUCAACUCAACCACUGUCGUCGCCGUGCUGAUAGCUACCGUGGCGUUCGCAGCUAUCUUCACUGUCCCGGGGCAGUACGUAGAAGACACAAGCAACCUUCCAGAUGGACAUUCAUUAGGAGAAGCCAACAUUGCAUCAACGACACCAUUCAUAAUAUUCUUCAUCUUUGACUUCAUCGCACUCUUCAUCUCCUUGGCAGUUGUGGUGGUUCAGACGUCGGUGGUGGUGAUAGAGAGCAAGGCCAAGAAACAGAUGAUGGCUGUGAUAAACAGACUCGCAUGCGUUCUCAUGCGUUCUCAUCUCCGUUUUGAGGAGGAUCUCAAUUUGUUUAAAAUGGUUUUGAUGUUAAAGGUUUUGAUGUUAACAUAUAUUUUUGGUUGGUAAGAUCAAUGCGGUUUCGGAAAUUAUUUUUCGAGCGCAUAUGCAUAAGUGGUGUGAUUGAGAUCCUCCUCAAAACACGGCUCUUUAAAAGUUUGGAUGCAGAUCCAUGCAAACAUGUUAGAAAAUAUUAACCGUCCAAUUUUUAUAUAGAAUGUCUUUAGAUUACAACCCAAAGGAUAUGAUUAUUAGGUACAUGCAAAGUACCUAAAUAGUACCUUCGAUUUCACAUCAAGGUGCGAUACACUUACGAGCUGGACAAUCAAAGUAUCCUAAGGUACAUGCAAUGGACUUCACAUGCAAAAGAUUAUCACCAGCCCAUAUAUGCUAAACGAGUUUGACGUGUCCUCAUAUCCUAAGGUACAUGUAUUUUUAAUAUCUAUCUGAUUCUUUAUAUAUUGAUUUUGGAAACGUUGAAAACUUUAAACUUUUUAUUAUUAGGUAGGUUCGAAUACGUUCUACCCUGAUUUUUCUCAUCGGUUCGAAGAGCAAGAGGUAAUAUAUGGAUUGAACUCAACUAACUAUGUUUGAAUAUGCCGAAGUUUUUAAGGUUUAAAUAACAAUUCGGGUUUUUCAGGGUUGUGUGCUGGUAACCGAAAGUUCUUCUGUGGACUCUACAUCUAAUGUGAAGGCUCCUGUUAAACGUGAAGGAUCCCCCAUCGAAAGAAUAGAGCCAGCCUUUUACCAGAGUUCUGCUAACAAUCAUGGUCCAUCGGUAACGAUCAAGAAAGCGAAGACUGAAAAAAGUGGCUGAAGAGUUAUAUGAUGCGUGUCUUUAUCCGGAAAAGAUGCCUUUGUUUUAUUCUUAUUAUAUUUUUUUGAUUCAUAAUCUUAAGAUUUUUUGUUUUCGUUUAUCUAUUUUUUUGUCUGAAGCGUUUUAUGUACUGUAGGGUUAUUUGUUGUACAUUUAUAUAAAGGCUCUUUUCUUAAUCGUUUACUGGUAUAUUUUGUACUAAUUUAUACAUCUUUAUAAACUAAAUCAUGUUAACCAUCAUAUAAUAAUACGUCAGUUAACUAUAUCAUGUUUGACUCUUCUACAAGCUAAUUGACUUUACAUAUACAUCACGUUUGCCUGUUCUACAAGCUAUGAACAUUUAAUUUGUAAAGAUAUAAACCUUUUCUACAAAAUAUGUCAAUAUGUAUGUGUAUGAUUCACGACAAAUGGAAUGUUAAGGUCGCUUACACUAUAUUUCAUUUUCACAGACCACUUAUUAAAUAGACAAGUGUAUAUUUUAACAUUAAUGACUGUUCAUAUAUAAUAUCACGUUUUUUUGCAGGAUUGCAUAGAGUUAAUAUAACUUGACUUUCUUAAGCAAGAAAUAUA